GGGGUCCGGACCCCUCCCUAGACGGUUCUGCACUCGCUUACUGGGAUAAGUGAACAGCGCAUCAACUGUCCGUCAGUCGCAUCAGACCGGCUCAAAAAUUAUUUACUCAGAUUAUUGGGCAAAGGCUGUCAGGCGAAGUCCCAGUGUAAUCACAUGUGACGAUCAGGUGGUUGAGGUGGUUAAAACUUCAACUUGAACCACUAUGUCUCUCAGAGUCAUAACACCGCUCGUAGUACCGCCUCCUCUUUCAGAUUUAUCCAAUUCUGCGGCGGAGAGAGCAACCACUCUUCAAACCCCUUCAAAGGUUCAAAUUAGCCCCAAACAAAUUGACAUUCAGACGGAGACCUCAGCGGAGGAUAUCAAUGACAGCGUACCAAAAAUACCUAGAGUUUGCCUUGACAUGGAUGUUAUUCCAGAUAUGAUGGCUGCUAGAUUGGCUACGAGUCUAUUGGGACAUGUAUUGUUUCUAAAGAAUCAAAUACCCUUCCCUGUCGCUCAGUUAUCUCGCCUUCCUGGCGGAAAGUCAAAUACACGCGCUGCGAAGCUCAAGCACGAUCUAAUCGAUUCAUUCGACACCUUAUCGUCACAUCUUGAUACCACAUUCACUGCGCUUUCCACCGCUUUUGCUCGAUGCUCGCCAACAGGGGCAUCCGCUUCUGGGGAUAGCAAUGCUGAUGAACAAAGUCCGGGCAGUCAAGCUUACUUGGCGAUUCUUGUUGGGCCCAGUAUUGGUACAGCCAAAUCAAAGGUUAUCUUCGCUGUCGACGGGUUGGAGACCAAGAUAUGGGGCGUCAGGGAUGAUCUACCGCGGAAGGUCGAGGCCCAUGAGGAGGUGGAAGAUGAAAGUGAUAGCGAUGCAGAAGAGGGUCUGGAGGAAACAUACGAGACAUUUGACGACGACGACGAAGAAAAUUCCCAUUCCGAGCCCGAAGAUUCAGAUUCAGAAGAUGAUAGUGAUGUGUGUUCUACGAGUAGCCGUCCUGACUCGCCAAUACCUCAACCACCACCAAGUCCACCCCGACGCGUUCACCCCUCUACAUCCAGCCAGACCAGCCCGACACACCUCUUACAAGACCACGCGAGAGAGCAGCAGAAAAUUCGUGCCGCCGAUCAACUACUGUCUCGUACUCUUGCCAUGGCCGAUGCCGAAGGUCGUGGCAUGGCUUCUGAACUGGUUCCGACUCAGACCCAUGUCCUUUUACGUGCCCCACGACGCUUCUCUCACCCGGCAUGGAUCCCUCGUCCUAAUUUUGCCAACUCGAUGGAGCACAUACUGAACGAUUUCCUCGAAGAGACGCGGUUGUUUGUCGAUCCUUCCCUCGAAAACAAGCCUAAGAGUAAGCGAACGCAAAAGCAGAAGGUUGAAGGUGUUUGGGUCGCUAGGAGGACCUUGUCUUUGAACACGCCCUCAGCCUCAAUGUCUGGCGAACAGGAGAACGCAGACCAAGGUCAAGAUGAGGAAGACGAAAUGAUUUGGUGGAGCUGGGAUGGUAAGAUUGUUGGAUUCUCGAGCUGGUAAAAUCGAAAACGAUUGUCAUCGCAAUACAACGUUCGAAUGCAUUAGGUUCAAAUUGAUCCCUCUCGUUCUUCCGAUGAGUAGCUUUUACUUCGCGUUCAAGUCGUGAACACGGGCGUCGCCAUC